UAGUCAAACCCGGUUGACACGCCCCGGCAGGGGCAUCCAUGGUGCUUGGCAACAUUGUAGUUCUGAUCAAAAUGGGGGGUAAAAUGGGGAGGAGAGUCGCUAUAAGUAACUGGAGCCUUGCUCUGCCAGCGGUGGAAUUAACGGGGGCAUAGAGCCGAUGGAGGAAAAUGCUUUAGCUGCAGCAGUGCUUAAGCUGGUUGUGCUCUCUCUUUUUAUACAGAUUUCAGUUUCUGAGAUCUUUUUCGAAGAUCGAUUUGAAGAUGGGUGGCAGAGUCGUUGGGUAAAAUCAGACUGGAAGAGGAGCGAAGGAAAAGCAGGUUCAUUUAAGCACACAGCUGGAAAAUGGUCUGGAGAUCCGGAUGAUAAGGGCAUCCAGACCACUACUGAUGCCAGACAUUUUGCUAUAUCUGCAAAGAUGCCAGAGUUCAGCAACAAGAACAAAACACUGGUUGUUCAAUAUUCUAUAAGGUUUGAGCAGGAUAUUGAAUGCGGCGGAGGUUACAUCAAACUUCUAUCAGGAUUUGUCAAUCAAAAGAAAUUUGGAGGUGAUACUCCGUACAGUUUUAUGUUUGGUCCAGAUAUAUGUGGUUCGCAGACGAAGAAACUCCAAGUUAUACUUUCCUAUCAGGGUCAGAAUUAUCCGAUCAAGAAGAAUUUGGAAUGUGAAACGGAUAAGUUAACUCAUUUCUAUACGUUCAUUCUUAGGCCCGAUGCAACUUACAGUGUCUUGGUUGACAAUCGAGAAAGGGACUCUGGUAGCAUAUAUACAGAUUGGGACAUUCUUCCUCCCCCAAAAAUUAAAGCAGUCAAUGCCAAAAAGCCUGCCGAUUGGGAUGACAAAGAGUAUAUUGAUGAUCCAAAUGAUGUCAAGCCUGAGGGAUAUGAUAGGAUUUUAAAAGAAAUUCCCGAUCCAAAAGCUAAAAAGCCUGAUAAUUGGGAUGAGGAUGAGGAUGGUUUGUGGAAAAUUCCAAAGGUUCCAAAUCCAGCAUACAAAGGGCCAUGGAAGCGCAAGAAAAUUAAGAAUCCUAAUUAUAAAGGAAAAUGGAAGAUUCCUUGGAUUGAUAAUCCUGAAUUUGAAGAUGAUCCUGAUCUUUAUGUGCUUAAGCCAAUCAAAUAUGUGGGCAUCGAGGUUUGGCAGGUGAAGGCUGGUUCGGUCUUUGACAAUGUUCUAAUUUGUGAUGAUCCGGAGUAUGCAAAGCAAGUGGUGGAGGAAGUGUUUUCCAAUAGAGAGAUUGAAAAGGAAGCUUUUGAGGAGGCAGAGAAAGAGAGAAAAGCUCGAGAAGAAGAGGAAGCUCAAAGAGCGAGAGAGGAAGGUGAACGGAGGAGAAGAGAAAGAGGACGUGAUCGGUAUGACCGGGACCGGGACCGCUAUAGGCACAGAAGGCAUCAUCGUCGAGAUUAUGACGAGUAUGACCAUGAUGAGCUUUGAUGGGAUUACAAAUUUUCCUUGCGUCUUUUCUGCACCAAUGGACUCUGAUUUCCUGUUACUCCCAGAUGAUCGAUCAUGUAGCAUCUCACAUAAGUUUUUCACCCUGUGUUUCUUCUUUUUGUGUUUCUUAGGGACUUCAAUUGUAUCAGUAUAAAAAUAUAUCAUGUGUACCGUGUACGUUUGCAAGCAUGAACUUUCUGAGAAAGUAAUAACAUGAAAUAUUUAUCAUUCUUCUA